CCCGCGCCGAUGCCGAUGAUGGGCGGCGGGAGGCGCGCCGCCGCUCCCAAUUACUCCCUACUCGCCACCUCCCCUCCCACGAGCAUCAGCAACGACGCCUGCUCGCCGCACUACCCUCCACCGCCUUCAGACGACGACGGCGCCGCCUCCUCGUUCGAACCCCCGCCGCCACCUCAGCGCCACAGCCCGCAGCUUGGCGUGGCGGAUUGGCUGCGGCUGCAGCGGCAGUCCAGCGGGAGCAGCGUGGGCGGCGACGACGCGGACGGGUUCUCCUCCGUCUCCACCACCGUCGCCAAUGCGGACCACAAGGGCAGCAACGCAGGCGCAGCGGAUCGGCCGCCGGACAGCAGCAGCGGCGGCAAGAGCUGGGCGCAGCAGGCGGAGGAGGCCUACCAGCUCCAGCUCGCCCUCGCGCUCCGCCUCUGCUCCGACGCCGCCGCCGCCGCCGACCCCAACUUCCUCGACUCCUCCUCCGCCCCUGAGCACCACCACCACAACACCUCCACCUCGCCACAGUCCCUCUCCCACCGCUUCUGGGUCAAUGGCUGCUUGUCCUACUCCGACAAGCUCUCAGACGGCUUCUACCUCAUCCAGGGGAUGGAUCCCUUCAUAUGGACGCUCUGCACCGACGUGCAGGACGGUGGACGCAUCCCGUCCAUCGACUCCCUCAGGGCUCUCAACCCCACCGAAUCGUCCCUUGAGGUGGUCAUCGUAGACAAGGUGGCCGACUACGACCUGAGGCAGCACAUAAGCACCGCGAUUGACGUUUCUCGGACCUGUGUGGACUCCAAGGAAAUUACCGCUCGCCUCGCCGGCAUUGUGUCGGUGAAGAUGGGGGGUUCAGUAACAUCUACUGAAGAACACGAGUUGGUUCCCCGGUGGACAGACUGCGCUGGGUUCCUCAAGAUUACCUCAGCUUCUGUCGUGCUUCCAAUUGGAAAGUUAUCAGUUGGCCUAUGCUGCCACCGAACCUUGCUCUUCAAGGCCAUAGCAGAUUCUAUCAAUCUUCCAUGUAGAAUUGUAAGGGGAUGCAAAUAUUGCAAAGCUGUUGGUGCCGCCUCUUGCUUGGUACGCUUUAGCACCGACAGGGAAUAUCUAGUUGAUUUGAUAGGGAACCCAGGCCUGUUGUCUGAACCUGACUCCCUCUUGAAUGGCCUCUCAUCUAUGUCCAUUUCUUCACCACUGCGGCCACCAAAACACAACUCAGUUGAUGUUGUUCAUAACUUCAAGUCAUUGGCCAAGCAAUAUUUCCUUGAUUGCAAAUCGCUAAAUCUAAUGUUCAAUGAUCCAGCAGCAGCUAUUGACUUAGAUGCGGGCAUGGGAUCAAAUCGUGGUCCAAACUCAUCACAUGCGACAAAUAGUGAUUUGCAAACUACCUUGUCCCAUAUUAAGGGCGAUGCUGGUAGAGAUGGAAAUUUUAUAAGGCAAAGAAGUUUCCCUGAAGAUAUUCUGUCUGGACAAAGAGACCCCUUCAGCGAUGUAUCUCUCAGCAUAGAAGACUUGAUUAUUCCAUGGAGCGAACUUGCUGUGAGAGAGAAAAUCGGUGCUGGUUCUUUUGGAACUGUGCACCGUGCUGAUUGGAAUGGCUCGGAUGUUGCUGUUAAGAUUCUAAUGGAUCAGGAUCUCCACCCAGAGCGUCUCAAAGAGUUUCUAAGAGAGGUUGCAAUCAUGAAAAGUCUGCGACAUCCAAACAUUGUUCUUCUUAUGGGUGCUGUUACUCAGCCACCUAACCUUUCAAUUGUGACCGAAUAUCUAUCAAGAGGUAGCCUAUACAGACUUCUACACAGGCAUGGCGCAAGGGAAAAUCUAGAUGAGAGACGGUGCUUGAGUAUGGCUUUUGAUGUGGCAAAGGGGAUGAAUUAUCUUCAUAAGCGCAAUCCUCCAAUAGUCCAUCGAGAUCUGAAGUCACCAAACCUGUUGGUUGACAAAAAGUACACAGUGAAAGUUUGUGACUUUGGACUCUCUAGAUUGAAGGCAAACACAUUUUUGUCUUCCAAGACUGCAGCAGGGACUCCUGAGUGGAUGGCACCAGAAGUUCUACGUGAUGAGCCAUCAAAUGAGAAGUCUGAUGUGUACAGCUUCGCUGUCAUCCUAUGGGAGCUCAUGACAUUGCAGAAACCAUGGAGUAAUUUAAAUCCAGCUCAGGUGGUAGCAGCCGUUGGUUUCAGGGGACGAAGGCCUGAGAUUCCAAGUAGUGUUGAUCCAAAAGUGGCAGCUAUAAUUGAAUCCUGCUGGGCCAAAGAACCCUGGAGAAGACCCUCUUUUGCUACUAUCAUGGAGUCCCUGAAACCACUUAUCAAGACGUUACCUCCUCAACUCCAAGAGGAAAAUUAGUUGCCGCCCAUGAGGUCCCUCCUGGUUCCUGGAUAUCCCAAACAUGUGAACAUUUUGAUAACUUACCCAGCAAAAAGUUGACUGUAUAUCUGAUCUAUUGAUUCUAGAGGUACAGCCCUUGUUAGCGCAUAGUUGCAUCUGUAUUGUUAUGUGUGGAAGUCAAUUAAAGUUAUAGUUCUUACAUAGGGCCACAUUUGUCAUUAGUUCCUUCAACAUAUGUAUUCACACUACAAAAAACAAGCAAGCUCUUUGAAUAGAGCCACUUAGUUUGUGCGUAUAUGUAAUCUUCAUUAUUCGGUUCC